AUGUUGGCUAGCUGGGACACUCAAAGGGGACUCCAUCAGAGGGAGGCAAGCUAAAGCCUGCUGUUACCACCUUGGCUUUCUGUAACUGGAACCUACCUAGGGCCUGAGGGAGCCCAUUAUGAAAACACUCAUAUCCAUAUGCUCCCAACUAACACGCUAAGCAAUUUGGACUCUAUUAAGGAAGGUCCAUGAGGGACCGAUAUAUUUUUUUUUCUGGGUGACAUUGAGAAGCCGGUCACAUGAUUUGGGUGGCUUUCUAGAAGAUGACCAUUGAGGACCUCCCGGAUUUUCCAUUGGAAGGAAGUUCGCUGAUCGGAAGAUACCCGUUUUUGUUCACAGGCUCUGACACACCGGUCAUCUUCUCCAUUUCUGCAGCACCAAUGCCUUCGGACUGUGAGUUUUCUUUCUUUGAUCCCAACGACGCGUCGUGUCAGGAAAUUCUCUUUGAUCCCAAAACGUCAGUCUCAGAAUUAUUUGCUAUUUUGAGACAGUGGGUUCCUCAGGUCCAGCAAAACAUUGACAUUAUUGGAAAUGAGAUUCUCAAGAGAGGCUGCAACGUGAAUGAUAGAGACGGACUGACGGACAUGACUCUGUUACAUUACACUUGCAAGUCUGGGGCUCAUGGCAUCGGUGAUGUUGAGACAGCUGUAAAAUUUGCAGCUCAACUUAUUGAUCUGGGAGCAGACGCGAGUUUGCGGAGUCGCUGGACAAACAUGAACGCCUUGCAUUACGCUGCAUACUUUGAUGUCCCAGAGCUUAUAAGAGUGAUUUUGAAGACUUCAAAACCAAAAGAUGUGGACGCUACUUGCAGCGACUUUAAUUUUGGGACAGCCCUGCACAUUGCAGCUUAUAACUUGUGUGCAGGAUCUGUGAAGACCUUACUGGAGCAUGGAGCCAAUCCCGCGUUUAGGAAUGACAAAGGACAGAUCCCUGCGGAUGUUGUCCCGGACCCGGUGGACAUGCCUCUGGAGAUGGCUGAUGCUGCAGCCACCGCUAAGGAAAUCAAGCAGAUGCUCUUGGGUGCGACGCCUCUGGCCUGUACCAUCCCUAAGGCCGUAGUUCCAAACUGUGAUCAUGUCACCAGCAAGGCCAUGCUGACCUCUCUCGGCCUGAAGUUGGGGGACCGGGUUGUCAUCGCAGGACAGAAGGUUGGGACAUUAAGGUUUUGUGGAACAACGGAGUUUGCAAGUGGGCAGUGGGCUGGCAUUGAGCUGGAUGAACCGGAAGGAAAAAACAACGGAGGUGUUGGGAGAGUCCAGUACUUCAAGUGUGCUCCCAAAUAUGGUAUUUUUGCGCCCCUUUCAAAGAUAACUAAAGUAAAAGAAGGGAGGAAAAACACCACACACACUCCUGCCACGAGAGCGGCGCCUCACAUCCGGUCCCAGAAGGUUGAUGUAGCUCACGUCACGUCCAAAGUGAACUCUGGGUUGAUGCCGUCAAAAAAAGAGCCUGCUUCUGAAUCCACACCCUCACUGGCUCCCAGUGAAGACCUCAAGACUGUAGCAGAGAAUGAUGUUCCCCAGCCUGGGUCCAUCAGCAGCUCCUCCUCCACAUCCUCGCUGGACCCCAAGCAGGGCCACCCGAAGAAGCUGGCCACAGGCAGCAGUAGCAGGAAGACCCUCAGCAAAAGCCCCUCUUUCCCGUCCAGAGCCAGUGCUGGUUCGAAAUCUUCAGCACCAUCUGCAGCAAAUAAUGCCCGCCGAGAAGGAGAACUCCGUCUUGGAGAGAGGGUGCUGGUUGUCGGCCAGAGAGUGGGGACCAUUAAGUUCUUUGGGACAACAAACUUUGCUCCAGGGUAUUGGUACGGCAUAGAGCUGGAGAAGCCCCAUGGGAAGAAUGACGGUUCGGUUGGAGGUGUGCAGUAUUUCAGCUGUUCUCCGAGAUACGGAAUAUUUGCGCCCCCCUCCAGGGUGCAGAGACUAUCAGAUUCCCUGGAUACACUUUCAGAAAUAUCUUCAAAUAAACAGAAUCACUCUUAUCCUGGUUUUAGGAGAAGUUUCAGCACAACCUCUGCUUCUUCCCAAAAAGAGAUUAACAGGAGAAAUGCUUUUGCCAAGUCCAAGACCACCCUGCGCCGCAGCUGGAGCAGUACGGCCGCGGCAGGUGGCCUAGAGGGGACCGCGAAGCUGCACGAGGGAUCUCAGGUCCUGCUCACGAGCUCCAACGAGAUGGCCACCGUUAGGUACGUGGGCCCCACGGACUUUGCCUCAGGCAUCUGGCUUGGACUGGAGCUCCGAAGUGCCAAGGGGAAAAAUGAUGGCGCCGUGGGGGACAAGCGCUAUUUUACCUGUAAGCCAAACUAUGGAGUGCUGGUUAGACCAAGCAGAGUGACCUACCGAGGGAUUAAUGGGUCAAAGCUCGUGGAUGAGAGUUGCUAAGUGUCUUAAGGCACGAAGUGAGCUCCUCCGGAUAUGUAUAUGUGCUAGGUGUAAAAUAGGGUCUAUGACAAAGGGUUUACUUUAUUUAGAUAUUAUAUAUAAAAGCUGAAAAUACAAUAAUCUUCAUUAAAAAAAAAAACUCCAAAGGAACACACAUUUGAACUUUGAAGGUCAUGGUUCUUUUGCAAAUUUCAAAAUAAGCACUUUGAAAAACUAGGUCCCAAGAAAAUUCUGGAACUUAAAAAAAAAAAAAAGAAUGUGCUAUUAAGCGAUGUGUGACGGUGACUUCGCCACUCGGCUUCAUUUUUGCACAUGGUGUCACCGUCUUCACAGAGGUGAAAGUGUUCACCAGCUUCAUGAUGCUCACGUGAUCUGUUUCCUGUCCAAGUGUUCUGGAAUGUUCCUUUCUGUCUGGGGUUUGUUACUCAAAAGUACCUAGAGAGCAAUUGCUACACAACAGGUGUAUCUUUUACGUUUGCUAAACGCACGUGCCCUUUCCGGAAAAGGCUCCUGUGAGCCGUUAGAACGUGGGCGGAGAGUGGGCUUUGCCAGUGUCUGGCUCCACCUGGCACCCACUGCCAACCACGGAGAUGGAAUUCCUUUCACCAGAACUAACUAGUUGGUUAACAGAGCUGAGAGUGAGCGUGGGUCUCCCGACUCCACGCACGCCUCUGCACACAGCGCUCUCAGGUUUCCCCUCUGCUGCUGGACGGCCCCAUCUGCACGCACCACAAGAGGCUCGCAGUUGAGUUUAUGACCUCAAGGCAGAAUUUUUUGCACACUUGUUUAACAUUGUAUGUUCCUGACACAUGCACAGCACUUUUGAAACAUGAUGCACUUUUCUUCUCUUUAUUUUUUUUUUUUUUUGAGACUUUGCCAUCAUUUCCUCCUGGGAUAUGAAAAACAUCAAAGAAGUAUUUCACAGAAGAAAGUAAAUUAAAAUGCGUUAGGUGGGGUGUGUUGUCCGUUUGGAUGUUCAUGGUGUCUGGGCUUGGGGUGGGGUGGGGUUGCCUGUGGCUGCUGAGCUGUGCCUGUUCCACAGCUGCAGAGCUGCUCUGAUGCACUCAUUGUCUUGGGCACAUGUUAAACUAAGCUUCACAAUAGAGAUGCAAUAACGUCACAUUCGUCUUGUGGAUAUGUAUUGAAGUUUCUGUCCUGUUCUGUAUAAACCUUCAUCCUCUAUUGUAAAUACUUAGACUUGAAACUACCACACAAAUAUUGGAACAGUUUGCUUUAUGAAAUUAAAAGUAUCCUUCAGGAUGGAACUUGCUUUGUGCUUAGAAAUAUACUCUGCUGAACUAUUUUGCAAUAUGCUAUCUUAAAAAUCUAACUCCGGUCACUUGGUUGCCUUUUUUUCCUUUUUUUUAAAGUGUGGUAUUUCAAACAGAGUUAUUUUCCUGAAAUAUAUUUGCAAACUCAAGCUGCUUUAUAAUCAAGGAAUAUUUUUAUUGAUUGAAGAAAAUGACUGCUACAAUUCAAAAGUGAACUUAUUUUAUUAUAUAGAUGAUUUCUUAAAAAUCUAUUUAUACCGUAAUAAAAAAUCCACAACAAGAGC